GCUGCGAAGACUUGGGAUAUGCUACGAGCUUGGACAUCCAUCGACAUAGAUAGGCUAGCAGGAUCAAAGAUCAACACGCCUGCAAACGGUGUUUACAUGUCGACUUUCGAACAUUACCUCUUUAGCAGGUUCCGAUUCUAUCUCGAUAAAGACGCUGUCAGU